AUGGACUACCAAUACCAUCAAGAGGGGUGGGGACCAUUACAACAGCCCUUCAAUACAUUCCCCUUAUACUCAUCAUUCCGAGACACGAAUAUCAGCGACAAUGAAGGAAUCGGAUCGAGCGCUUCUCUCGUGCACAGUGAUCAUGAAGGCUUUUCGCAACUUCCAGCAUAUCCCAUUUCAACCAUAGCUCACCACAUCAAUUCGGGUAUCGAUCUCUAUCAGCCUCGAUAUGUACCACCUCUUACCGAGAUCCCUCAAACUCCUGUGCAUUCCUAUAUUCCGGCCAUACCUCCUUCUAUCAGUCCCAGAGAUAUCCAUAUCCCGCGAUAUACUGGAUUGGAGGUAGCCAUACCUGACUCCAGCUUUUUACCGGAUUCUGCUGCGUCACCGCUCUUCACGUAUGCCAAGAAGAAGGAUGAACAAUCCAUUCAGGCGGAUACCGAUACAGAGUCAGAAUCGGAUUCGGAUUAUGGCUUUGGUACAAUCCGGGAAGUCAGCAGAAAUUUGUUGAACGAUCUCACCUCAAUAAACUCCUCAAUCUCUCAAACUCCCUGUGAUAACCAGACAGUUCAGACAGAUAUCGUUAAUUCACACCCUGUUUCAGCCAACCCUGGUAUUAUCUCGGCCGAGGGAUCAUCGGUACCACCUUCUCCCAUUGUAUCUCCCGCUUUGGUCAAUCCCCCAUUGGUCGACGUCAACAACAAGAAGGAUCCGGUCAAGAAGAGGAAGGGGAAGUUGACUCUCAACAGGAAGAAGGAAAUUGCGGUUGCGCAGACACCGGGAUGUAAGAAAGCUAGUUCCGGACGACAAGUCCUGCUCGCCAAGAAAGCUAAACCCGGCAGAAGACCAAGACCCAUGAAGCCUGUGGGUGGGAAGAAGAGCAGUGCCAAUGUAGGAAAGAGUAAGGUGAAGACUGUCACCAAAGCCGCUGCUGCACCUGAGUCCGAUUCCCUCAUCAGCUUUCACCAGUCAUCUAUGACCAAUGACGAUGCCCCAAAAAGCAUAUGGAAUUCAUCGUCCUCAUCAUCAAGGUCUAAGAAAAGUAUCAAGCUAGCUGCCGCAAGCAAACCAAGGCGCUCAUCCAGUGGAAUAAUCUCUUCUCCCAAAUCCGGCAAAAGGAAAUUGCCACCUCAAUUGUCUUCUAAAGUUCAACCAAAGGAGGUUAUCGGCUUAGGUGAAGAAGAUCACCUUUCACCAAUUCCACCUUCACCUGCAUUCGUUGCCGAUUGCUCCGACGGUGAGGAUGAUGACUAUUGUCCGUCACCCUUCGCUGCAGAAACAGAUGAUGAGCUGGAUUAUGAUUCGCCUCCGCCGUCAGCUACUAGGAGAAAGAGAGCUAGAUCACAGGAAGAAGACGAUGAGGAAUGGACUAUGGGAAAGAAGAGCAAUGGGAAGAAGAAGGUGAAGGAGUCGACCGAGGUGGUAGAGUCGAUAGGAGAGGCACCCCCAAAAGAAAGACAAUUGAAUAAAACUAGAAAUCGGUUUUAUCAUCCAGGUCGACAAGAACAAAACGUACGUGCCCAAUCGAAGUAUCGAAAUAAGAUCAAAGCUAGGAGCGAUCUGGUUCUUGAAUUCGCUCAAGAAAUCUUCCCCAAGGUCCGUAAAACUCCGAGCGCAAAGAAGCUCUUGGCGAAAUUGAGAGACCUCGAUCACGCUUUCGCUACAGAAAAGUUCGGGCAGCUUUAG